CUUCAGGAUACACGCGCGCCGAAUGCACGCAUGCCCCAGGCUUCCAUCUUUGACCUGUCGAUGACUUGCCUUCCCCACACAUCAUGAGGACACGUUCCAUACCUGUGCGUGGCGAAAUAACAUGACCACAGCCCCGGAAUAGCGUGUUCCCACGACGGCCAUCCGCGAGUAGACCGCCAUUACCAUGGGCGAAAGAGAGCCAGCCAUGUCCUCCCACGCGAACCAGUACAUUCGCGAAGUCCUCCACUCAGCUGAGGCUCCGGCCGAAAUACCCGUUCGCUAUUUUUACACGUCGCCGCUCGCUAUCGACGAUCCGCUGUCCCCAAUACCUCCGCCUGUGACGGGUGCAGCAGCGGCCGCGAAGAAGCAGUUGCCUCGCCCGUUCUCCGAGUACGACAACGGCGCCGUCAACAGGUCAUGGCUAGAUCUGAGGAAGAAGAUACUGCAGCACAAUGAGGAGCUGGGGGAGAAGAGAGACGGGCAGGAGCCAGGCACACCGACAAACCCAGCCUUCACCCGUCUGAAGCGGAGAAGAGCCGGUAGUGCACCAAGGGAAGGAGGCGGCCCACAAGGCAGAGAUAUACCUUUGGGAAGGUCGAACAGCAGCGGACAGUACUCCCGAUCUGCGGAGCUGUUCUCGAGUGGACGUGCCAGCUCGAGUGGGGGUAGCCAGGCUGCAAUGCUUGUGCAAUCUAUGAAGGCUCUCGAUCCAAGCCAGGCGUCGCCCACGUCGGGUUCUGCCACUACAGGCACGCCCUUCAUUCGAGCACCCUCGCGUACCAACGUUACCAAAGCAUGGAAGCCUUCGCUGGGAGACGGUGGCAGUCGACCGACCAUCCAUGAAGUGGACAGCUAUAGGUGGGACGAUGAGAUGGAACCAGCAUUGUCAACCGGCAAAGACAAGGGCCCGGCGAGAAGGUCUUCCAAACCUCAGGCAGGGCCAUCAGUCAAGGUACCUGUCGGCAUGUCGAGGCUGCACCACGUCGUUAUGGAUGCGGAAUCUAUACGCAUGGAGCCGAUCUAUUGGUCGCCCCUCAGCGACAUCUCUCGGAUAAUACGAGGAACUUGGUUCUACAAGGACUCGAUGAUGCCUGUAGAGGUCGAAGUUGCAAACAUGCUCGAGGCAGGAUACAUAGAGCUGCAGCCGUGGACGCAGACCUGGAAGGAUGAGCUCGACAGCGCGGUCGAGGUUGGCGCGCUUGGUGAGAUGAAAAUUGUCCACAAACUAUGGCCAGACAAGCCGGCAGCUCCAGACAGUCGACCUUCCACUUCACAGCAGAUGCAGACGACAGGCCUAGUCCAGAGUACUCUGCCAGAGGAACAGGGAAGUCCGGAAGAGGAGCGACUGGACAUAGUCGAGAACGCCUGUGACCAAAUCGACAUCUCAAAUGGCCCAGAUGGGCCAGACAACAAAGCAGCGGGAGAUCUAGAGUACGGCGCUGCAGGAUAUAAGCAGCUCUAUCUCAAAGCUGGCAUCAUCUAUGCAACUGAAAAGGAGGCGUACAUCUUAAAGCCGACUCUACAGCCAUCAAAUUAUUAUGGUAGGCGUCCGCUCGCGAACUACAUCCGUAAGGGUAGAAGUAUUGGAGUAUGUGUCGUUCGGGGCUUCGAUCAAGCAAUAUGGGACAAGCUGCAUCCUACCAAGCUGGAUUCGGUUUCUCAGAAGGCAUAUCAGGGCGCAUCUGCUGCACAAGCCGGAGUGUCAACAAAUCGGAGGCUGAAGUCUGAUCCCGAGCUUGCCAUGUCUGAACGUCCUCGAGUGACUGAUCUCGUGCUGGUGAUUCACGGUAUUGGGCAGAAACUGUCUGAACGCAUGGAAACGUUCCACUUCACACAUGCAAUGAACUCUUUUCGACGUGAAGUGAACGUUGAGCUUGGAACACCGGAUGUCAAGCGUCAUCUGCGCAGAGAUAUGGGUGGGGUCAUGGUAUUGCCGGUAAACUGGCGUCAACGGGUGUCGCUCGAGACUGGUGGCGAUCAAGCGGAGGCAGAGCAUCCUGCAGCCAACAAGUACACUCUCAAGGAUAUCACCCCAGUCACACUGCCUUCGAUCCGAGGCGUCAUUAGCGACGUUAUGCUGGAUGUCCCUUACUAUCUUUCGCCGCAGCACAAUCCCACGAUGGUUGCCGCGUGUAUCCAAGAGGCAAAUCGUAUCUACAAACUGUGGUGCGCUAACAACCCAGGUUUCCAAGACUACGGCAGGGUUCACCUCGUCGCACACUCUCUGGGAUCAGUAAUGGCUGUCGAUAUCCUCAGCAACCAGCCCAGCCACGUCGAUUUCAGCGCAAUCGAUCCCACCACUCCUGCCUCGGAGCUCCCCAAAGACCACUUCAUCUUCAACACGACCGACCUCUUCGUCUGCGGCAGCCCAGCCGCCCUCUUCCUCCUAAUGAAAGACGCAACUCUCCUUCCCCGCCGCGACAAAGAGAAACCCGGCGCCGAUGCCUACGCCGCGCCCGGUGUCGCCGGCUCCCAGGGCACCUACGGCUGCAUCGCCGUCGACAAUAUCUAUAACAUCAUCAACCCCUACGACCCCGUCGCUAUGCGCCUUAACGCCACCGUCGAUGCCUCCUACGCCGAAAUGCUCAAGCCCGCCACCAUCCCGUCCGCCUCCACCAGCUACUUCUCGCUCGCCAACCCCUUCCGGCGCACUGACAGUACCACCGCGCUGCAGAAACCCGCCACUGUCCGCCUGCCGUCCAACGUCGAGCUUGAAACGCACAACUUCACGCGCGAGGAGAUCGCCGAGAAGCGCGCGUACCUGCUUAAUGAUAACGGCCAGAUCGACUUUUUCAUGAAGUACGGGGGUGGUGCGCUUGAGAUCCAGUAUCUUACUAUGUUGGGUGCGCACAGUAGUUACUGGCUCAGUAGGGAUUUUGUCAGGAUGAUCGUGCUGGAGGUGGGAAGGGAGAUGGGGAGGGAGGGCACGAUUGAGAGGAUGCGGGCGGUGAAGAAGAAGAUGCAUGUUGGGGGCGUGUAGAGGUGUGGGAGUGGGGGCGAGAGUUGUGUGGUGCAUUAGACUAGAUUAGAUUUUAUCUUAUACCCCUUUGUUGCGAGUAUGGGAGCUACUUUUGUUAUGCUAUCCUUCUCCACUACUGUCCUCCUACGUCCACCCGCUACCGAACCGGAUCUCCAUAAAGUGCUGCUGCGUUGUGUCACUUUGCGUACCGUGUUGAUGUGUGUGUUGACUUACUCCACGCGCAGUCUUUCCUCGCUUGAUCUGCUCCACGUCGCCGCUGCUUGCCGCGUGCAAGCUUGAACAGCAUUCCGUUCGACCAGAAUCUUUUGCUUUCCGCGUGCGAAGCGCUGUGUAUAUUAGUCUGCAACCCAGGUUAACGCGUGGAAUUGACUUACUCCGCGCGCAGUCUUGAAGCCCGUGGCCUCACCACCCCAGUCACCGGCGCUGUUGUUCCUAU